AUGCCGCGCACUCCACGCCCCCAAAACGUAAUGGCGCGGACUCCAGGUCAGCAGCAAGGAAGGACGCGGACGACAGGGACCAUCAAGCUACCUAAGCAGUUUAAAAGAGUGGCGAUUUCGUUUCGUCAUAAGCUCUAUGUGAUCGAGUUCUACGAUGCAAUUAUCUCGAAGGAGAAAAUGCACGUUACUAUCAGCUACUUCUAUCCUUCACUCGCAGCAGACAAUGUUAAAGUGAAGAAAAGACAAGUAUACAACUGGCUUAACCAGCGCGCACUUAUUAUCGAUAAGUGUGAGACUGGUUGUGGGUCUCAUUGCAAGGAUAUAGAAUUCGGGAUGUCAGCAACGCUGUCGCCAGAAUUUGAGAAGCAAUUGGUACUCUGGAUAAACUCCCUGCGGAAAGAAGGUGUACCUGUCACAGGCACAAUGAGACUAUCCGACACUGAACCAGAUUGGGUGCUGUUCAACCGACUUCUCGAGGAAGUUCCUGUUGUUCGGCAUGUAGUGGACGCAAGUCGAUACGUUGAUACGUUGGCGGUUGAAGAGCAAGAUUUUGGUAGUUGA